AUGGAUACCGAUCAGUAUCAGCAGACGAGACGGGCUGCGGCCUUGAGCUACCCGCCGUCGCCCCAGCAGCAACAGCAGCAACAGCAGUCCACUCUUGCACCACCUGUAAGCUUCCAAGACAACUGCGGCGGCAGACCUGCAGCCGGAUCUGGAGUUGGUAGGACUAGCGGCCAUGUCGCAAUCAACGGCAACGGCAACACUCGCAACGAGAAGGCUACUAAUGCUGGCGGUGUUACCAAGAAGACUGCUACUGCUGCCGGCUACGAGAAGAAGGACAAGGAUCAGGGAAAGGGAGCCCGGGUGGCAAAAGCCAUCGGACUACUGUCUCUUCUACGGCAAUGUCAGAUACGUCAGAACCAAAGUCGUGGCGGGAGUCGACGUGACGCACCUACACCUACACCUGUACCCGUACCGGUACCCGCACCCGCACCCGCACCUGUAUCUGUAACUGGCAACUCUAGGUCGGCGUAUGCAGUUUCCGAGAGGAUCCGGAGAGCUGCACCCGAUGGAGACUCCGAGCUGUCUGAAGUCGGGAGCAGUGCUAUUUCGCCCGCUAUUACCACUCCCACCACCGUCACCACCUCGACCUUUCCCUACUCACCCUUCUCCUCCUCCAUCGCCAACCCGGCCAGCCACAACCCAUCACCACCACAAACACCACCGAGAGAGACACUCCGACCCACUCAUCCUACCUUCGACGAUCCCUUCACCUCUGCAUCCUACAGAUACUCGUCGGCGCCGUUCUGCCUGUUUCCUCACCUGAAGGACAAACCGGUUCUUGGGCCUUUCGGUCACGACGAGCCUACGAGUACCACCACCAACACCACUACAAGUACUGCUGCUGCCGGUACUGCUACUCUCACCACGCACACCACCACCGCCGCCGUCACAGACCUCACCACGCCUCCUGGCAACGGUAACGCUGCUGACUCUGCCCGCACUCUCUCGGAUUACGGCUCCUCGCAGUCCCCUGUCGGAAAGAGCAGCAACUACAUCGACCUCACCAGCCCGUCGCCCUCCUCCGUCGCUGUCGCCUCACUCCCGGCUCACCAUAAGCCGCCCUCACCGCAGUCCACCGGCUUCUUCGCCGCCGCCAUCGCCGCCAUGGCAUCUGGCGGCACCCUCGACGCCUCCAUGGGCCGUCCGAGACAAGACUCGUUUGUGAGCGCGGGACCUCGUCCCAUUUCUACCAACAACGCGGCUCAGGACAGUCUGAACCGGAACCGUCGCGAGAGUCUGGCCGGCAGUCUGAUGGGUGGCCUCAGCUGGGGAGGUGUCUCCUUUGGCAGCUUCGUUCGCGACGACGUCGUCAUGGUAGCAGGACCGGUGCAAGACAGGCGCAAGUACAUACGCGUAUACACAUGA